UCGUCCAAGGUUCCGAGUGUCGUGAACCUUAACCUUGUCGGUCCAAGAAAGCCUGCGCCCACACUAUAGCAUUCUUAAUUUCCAGUCAAAAUUCGGACAAAUCACAACACAUCUAUCUAUUUGCUCAAACUAGCUAUACAUAUACACCCAUCGAUCAAUCACAAGCUGGAGAUGGCGAUGGCCAGCCACGAGCACAAGGUCGACCACCUCGACCAGCCCUACUACGGCUCGCCCAUCCCUCCCAAUGAGCCCGCCGCCGCCGGCGGCGUCCGUCCCGCGCGCCGCGACACUUACACGCUCCUGUGCCGGGCCUUCCGCGUGCUCACCCUCGUGCUCAUCGCCCUCGGCGUUCUGGCGCUGGUCCUCUGGCUCGUCUACCAGCCCAGCAGCCUCAAGGCCUACGUCGACUCCGCCGCGCUCACCCGCUUCGACCUCGCCAACGGCACGCGUCUGCGUUACAACCUCACCGUGGGCGUGAGCAUCCGCAACCCGAACCGGAAGCAGGCCGUGCUGUACCGGCGCCUGGAGGCCGUGGCGCUCUACGGCGGCGAGCGGUUCGGGUACGUGGACCUCUCGCGGAUGCGACAGGAGCGCAAGAGCACGGUGGAGAUACGGCCGAGCUUCCACGGCGAGGGGGCACUAGUCGGCGCGCCGGCGGUGGCGUUGUUCAGCAGGGAGAAGGAGGAGGGGUUCUUUAACAUCAACGUCAAGCUCCACACGAGGGUGCGCCUGAAGGUGAUCAUGGUGAACAGCGUCGAGUACAGGCCGGACGUUGACUGUUACAUCAGGGUUCCCGACCCGACCAACGCGACGGCGAUGGCGCAGGGGUUCACGCCGACGCAGUGCCAUGUCGACGACUUCUCGUGACAGAACUGAAGAUGCUAGCUACAAGUUUCAGAUGUUACGUCGAUGUGUUGAUCGGUUGAUUUAGUUCAUGUGUUGUCUUUUGCUUAAUUUUUUCUUUUACGAUGAGGAUUUUACAUUA